UUAGCCAACACUCGACCACGUCUUCAGCGUUUUCCCAAUUUUUGCUGCUUUUAUAUUUUAAUUUACUAAAAUGUUGAGCGACGACGAUGAACUAAACAUAUACGGCGACUUGGACGACUUCCAGAAUGCCGAGGAGAAGAAAUCCAAAGAGCUGGAGGCCUGGGAGACCAAAUACAAAGGCGCACAGGCCGAAAUCGAGGGCUUAAAGGCGGAAAACAAAGCGCUCGGCAAGAAGAUCAGAGCCAUGGAAGUCAAUCUGCAGAAUCUCAUGGACACUGCCAAGGCGGAAAUUAAGCGAAAGGAGUCGAUGAUUACGCAGCUGCGCAAGGAGAAAGACGACAUUUGCUUCAGACGUAAGCGUGGACGAGCUGAAGAAGAUGCCAAGGACGUAGGCCAAGAGCACAAACGCUCCAAACUGUCGGAGCCUGGGAGCAACAAAUUUAAGACUGCGCACGGCAAUGACCACGAAAAUGAACGACCCACGGAUUACAAACACUCAGAGCACAAACGACCGAACCUACUAGCAGAACCUGCCACCAACAGAGUCAAGAUAGAGUCUAAGGAGCCGAGAAAGCAUAAACUGGAGGAAGCUGCGAUCAAUAAAUUCAGAAUUGAACCCAAAGUAAGUGAGAAAAUGCAACAUCAAAAGAGCUCAACAGGUGAGGAGGCAAACAGGGACAGCAAGCGCACAAUUCGCAGCAGAUCGCCCAGGGAGGAGCCACACAAGAGCAACGAUCGACACGGACACUCCGACAGCCGUUUGAAGGAACGUGUAAGACGCCGCAGUCGUAGUCGCAGCGACAAGCGUUCCCAUCGACAUGAGCCACACCAUCGCAGCCGCCAGAGCAGGGAUCGCGGCAACAAACGAAGAAGUGCUUCGCGAUCUCCCAACCGAACAGCAGCCGCAAAGCCCAGUGCACCGCAGCCUCCUGACGAUUGCUCCAAAGGGGCACUGAAAGCAGCCACAGCGAAGACGCUCUUCGGUGAGGAGACAGACGAUAAAGUUCCAGCCACUCUUAAUGUGGAAAUGAUUAAGAAAAUGCAAGAAAAUAAGUCCCCAGCGACGCCCCAGGAGUUGUACACACCAGAAAACAAAUUGCAGCCCAUCGGAGGGGAGAAGAUUGCUAAAAACGAGGAGAUAAGCAGAUCUGCUAUUGAUGGUUACUUCCAGGUGAAACCUCAAGCCAAAGACUGCACGCUGCCAGCGUCACAAGCUGAGACGAAGAUACAGGAGAAAGCUGCCACGGCGACCCAAGAGGAAGCUGGAAUAUUUUCUUGGGACAGCACUUUGGAUAAGCAGCAGAUACCAGGAUUAGAUAUGAUUUGUCAGCAGCAGUCGCCUGUGAAGAAUGAAACUCAUGACUCGAAAGAGCAGCAGCCUGAAGAUGUUGAGGCUUUGGGUGCUGUCAAAUCAGAUGUCAUUGAAGAUUGCAUCAUUUAUGGUAUGGAGGAAAAGAUUACGCGUCCCUUAGAGGAUUGCCAGCAGACAGAUUCGAACGAGAAAGUGCAGCAAAAGCAAGAGAGGCUGUCGCUGAAGCCAGAAACCAUACCCAAAGCUGCAGUCAAAGACGAGGCCUUAAUCAAAGAGCUGAGCACAAAAACUAGAACCAAAUCGAAAGAAAAGAAGGGAAAACUGAUUCCAAAAGUCAUCAAAGCAACAGCACAAGUGGAGGAUCAGGAAACGAAGCCAGCAAGUUCCGAAUUAAAGGAGGCAACAGCAGCAGCAGUGACUGACAAACCGCCUUCAAUGGCACACUUAAAGACACCCACCAAAUGCUCGGACACGAUUCUAGAUGAUGAUUGUCCCACACCAAGGCGUGACACUGAAACUACUGAGAUUCAAGCAGCAGAAGAGCUAGCAACACCGACAAAUGGUUCAGCCAUGAACACAAUUUCGGAGCGUCCCAUCCAGACUGCCGCAGCCAUCGAAAUAAUUGAGGAUAUUCGAUUGCCAGUGAUAGUGGAUAUCGAAAAUAUUGCCUUGAGUGUCGAUGUGCCAUUUGAUUCGUCAGCAGAAAUUAUUACAGAUGGGAGCGCAGCACCACCAGACUUAGAUGUCGUUGAUGGCAAGAAGGAGAACGAGGCUGAUGCUGAGCUUGCCAAGAAGGCAAGUUGUGUGGCUGAGCAUAUGCAGAUUGAAGAGCAGGAAACUGAGGGAUUGGGAGACAAAGCUGAUGGAGAAGAGAUGGAAGUGCCUGUAGCUGAGACACCUGUAAAUGAGACUGUGCCUACGCCUGAAGCCCCUGAAGCGCCUGCUGCCAUUGAGACGCUUUCAACCGCAACUCACGUAUCAGAAGACGAAGCUAAGACGCCUGUGAUUAAGACUGCAAUUCCUGAGACCAAGAAUGAGACGAUGGAGGCUGCUGUAAAUGAGACUCCAGCUGAGGAGUCGCCUGUUGCAGAUGCUGCUGCACUGGAAACGCCUGUUAAAGAGACUCCUGAGACUCUUGUUAGUGAGAUUCCUGUCAAGAAGACUCCAGCAGUUGCAGUUUCCGCAGCCAACAAUGAAACUUCUGCUAUAGAGACUCCUCCUUCAAUGGAGGAGCCACCUGCAGCUGCAGUUAACGCAUCGAAGAAUCAGUGCCCCGGCAAGGAAACUCCCGCAAUUCCAUCCACUGGCAUUGAGAUUCCCAUACUACCCCCACACGGCUCUAUACACGAUUCCUUGAUUGUUGCAGCCACUUCCAAGCCUUCGAGCAUUUUGUAUGCCCAGCCAGACUCAACAAAGACCGACCACAGUGAGGAUAUGGUGCUGGAGGCGGCCAUGAAUGAGUUGACGGGCGAGCAGGAGCCAGUGCCGAGUGCCGCCAACACAAGCUAUCCGAAUCUCACGCUCGCCGAGGAUACCAUCGAAAUGGCGCUGCAGCAGCUGCAUCAGACAUCGCCGGACGAGACAAAAGUGACGUCCACAUCCAACAAAUCCCAACAGACGCCGCAAAACGAUUUGAUGCAAACUCUUACCGCAUCCCCGCUGCAGCUUAGUCCAGGGAAGUCCACGCCCAAGGGCAGGAAGACGACGCCAAUGACGACGCCAGAGAAAUUGAGAGUCGAGAAGACGCCGCUUAAGAAGCGAAAGAUCCACAUGCCCGAGGAGGAGGUAGUUGUGCCGCAGACACCACCAUCACCAGUCCAGCCAGCGGCAGCGCUCCGCAACGAGGCAUCGCCCACGCUGCAGCAUGUGACCAUCGAUGAGACGCUGGAUGAGAGCAUCAAUCACAGCUUUGGCAGUGACACCUCCGUGGUAACGAAACGCUGCUCCAUGGGCUCCACGGACUACCAGUUCGAGCGCAUCAACGACGAGAUUGUGCUGCGUGUCUCGCGACGCCGACGACGACUGCGUCCAUCCCAAGCACCGCCACUAGACGAUGGUGAAAAGAGUGCCACACCAUAAAUAAUUGUUGUUAUAUUUAGUUAAUAUGUUAUAGGGGAUCUAGUCUGUACAUUUUUUCUUAUAUUUUUUGUAAUUAUAUUUUCAACUGUUGAAUAUCGAUUAAGGAAAA